AUUAUGACUUCGCUAGCAGCUUGACAGAAAAGUCAAAGGAGAAUGUAGAAAGAAAAAAAUUAUCAACAAGUACAUCAACAUAUGACAAAUCAAAUCAUUCAGAACUUUUGAAAGCAAACAUAAAUACUGAACAGAAACACAAUUGGCAACACAACGAAAUUGUACGAUUAAUAGCUGCUUAUGAUGAUCACAAAGAUGAGCUACAUCACCCAAAGAAACGUAAAUACUUUUGGGCCAAUAUAGAAAACGAUAUGAUUAGUUCAGGUUUUAAUGUAAGUGCGGACCUGUGCAACCAUAAAUGGAAAAAUUUAACGAGAUCAUAUAGAACUGCAAAGGAUAAUAAAAAUUCGACCGGACGUGGAACUUGUAGAUUUCAAUUUUUUAACGUAAUGGACAAAAUACUGGGAACAGCACCUUCCAAUCAAUCUACACAUACACUCAGUUCCCUAUCAAACGUAGAGUCGCAAGAUAUUGUAAAUUCACCAUGCACGUCAUCAUCAAGCAUGAUUGUAGAUGACAGUUUUUCUUUAUCAUUAGACAGCGAUAAUGAAAACAGUGAUAAAAUUAUAAACAUUAAAGAAAACAAUAAUGAAAUUAGAAACAUUAAAGAAAACACGGAAACUCCUUCAGAAAAUGUCAAACAAAAUUUUAAACGGAAGCGUAAUGACGAAAAAAUAGCGUUAGAAAAAGAAAAGAUUGAAUUACGAAAACGAAAAUUAGCCAUUGAAGAAGAAAAAAUCAAGUUAAUGAAAGAAUUCAUUGCAUUAAAAAAGUCAGGUAGUCUUUAGUUUAUUUCGAUUGGUUAAAAAGAAUAAAGAUUGUUGAAAGAAUAUUAUAAUAACAUGAGAAAAAGACUGUAAUAAUGAUGAUUAUUAUUAAUAGUUACUUUUUAAUAGUAAUAAUUUACAAGUUU